AUGAAAGAGUAUGCUACAAAUGCGCAGAUGAAAUCAUCGAUCGACAUUCUCCAGAUUACGUUCAAAUGUUGUGGGAGUAAGUCGUACAAGGAAUGGUUCUACGUUUCGUGGUUUGAUCCUCAGCUGGGCGGCGUUGAACUAGAGAAGUGGCCGACGUACGAGAGCGGCAACGAGUCCGAGGUGGCCGAGGUGGGCGAGGACAUGCCGCAGUUCGUCAGCGACGACGCGCCCUUCAGCUGCUGCUCCAGCGAGCAGCUCCGGCCCUGCGUGCACCACGGAGUGCUCUCCCGCAGUCCCAUCUACAGGUACGACCCGCAGAGGCUGGGCAUGUCGCUGUGGAAGUCUGGCUGCCGCAAGGCGAUACAGCAUGCCGACCGUCACCUCAUGCGAAGUGCCGCCGCCUUGCUGAUUUGCUUCUUUAUCCUACAGGUUAUGAGCCUCUAA